UCUUCUCCAACUCACUCGAUCGUGUUUUCUGUGUGGGAACAACUUUAUUUACCAGAGCGCGUUACGUGCUUCUUGUUCGUUCAUUUUGGUUUUUUUUUUUUUUUUUUUUUUCCCACUAUCCAUUGUUUCUUCUUCCUCUCUUACAAGCAUUCCUUUCAGAGGAACGCUCUUUUCUUGUUCUUGUUCUUGUUCUGUUUCCGGCGAGGAGACUUGACGCAGCUUCCUAAGGGCUAAUCGAAUCUGAUCGGUACUCAACAAUGACGAUCACCCCGAAGAUUUCCGUUAACGAUGGCAACUUGGUGGUUCACGGAAAGACCAUACUGACUGGAGUGCCUGACAACAUUGUGCUGACCCCAGGAUCAGGCCCUGGACUUGUUGCUGGUGCAUUCAUUGGUGCCACUGCCUCACACAGUAAAAGUCUGCACGUUUUCCCCAUCGGUGUCUUAGAGGGUCAGCGCUUCCUGUGUUGUUUCCGUUUCAAGUUAUGGUGGAUGACUCAGAGAAUGGGAACGUCUGGGAAAGACAUCCCUUUUGAGACCCAGUUCCUGCUCAUGGAGAGCAAGGGUGCUGAUGGGGAGGAUCCUGAUAAUUCUUCGAUCAUCUACACUGUCUUCCUUCCUCUCCUUGAAGGCCAGUUCCGUGCUGCGCUGCAGGGCAAUGACAAGAACGAGAUGGAGAUUUGCCUCGAGAGUGGAGAUAAUACUGUUGAGACCAACCAAGGACUCUCUCUGGUCUAUAUGCAUGCUGGGACAAAUCCCUUUGAAGUUAUCAAUCAAGCAGUGAAGGCUGUUGAAAAUCAUAUGCAAACAUUUCUACACAGAGAGAAGAAGAAGUUACCUUCCUUCCUCGACUGGUUUGGUUGGUGUACUUGGGAUGCCUUUUACACCGAUGUCACUGCUGAGGGUGUUGACGAGGGUCUCAGAAGCCUAUCAGGUGGAGGGGCACCUCCAAAAUUUUUAAUCAUAGAUGAUGGUUGGCAACAGAUAGAGAGCAAACCAAAGGAUGCUACUGAUUGUGUUGUACAAGAAGGAGCACAGUUUGCGAGUAGGCUGUCUGGAAUAAAAGAGAACCAAAAGUUUCAGAAAAAUGGGAAAAACAAUGUACAGGUCCCUGGCCUGAAGGUGGUUGUUGAUGAUGCCAAGCAACAACACAAUGUGAAAUUUGUGUAUGCUUGGCAUGCUUUAGCUGGUUAUUGGGGUGGAGUGAAACCAGCAGGUCCAGGCAUGGAGCACUAUGAGUCUGCUUUGGCAUACCCGGUCCAGUCACCGGGUAUGUUGGGCAACCAACCAGACAUAGUUGUAGACAGUCUGGCUGUUCACGGCAUUGGCCUUGUGCAUCCAAAAAAAGUCUUUAAUUUCUAUAAUGAGCUUCAUUCCUACUUGGCUUCAUGUGGAGUGGAUGGUGUAAAGGUUGAUGUGCAGAACAUUAUCGAGACCCUCGGUGCUGGUUAUGGUGGCAGGGUUCAACUCACUCGUAGCUACCAUCAGGCCCUCGAAGCUUCUAUUGCUCGAAACUUUACCGACAAUGGAUGUAUUUCCUGUAUGUGCCAUAACACUGAUGGUCUUUACAGUGCCAAACAGACUGCGGUCGUGAGAGCUUCUGAUGACUAUUACCCUCACGAUCCUGCCUCCCACACCAUUCAUAUUUCCUCUGUGGCUUACAAUUCUCUUUUCCUUGGAGAAUUCAUGCAGCCUGACUGGGAUAUGUUCCAUAGUUUACAUCCCACAGCUGAGUAUCACGGAGCUGCUCGUGCGAUUGGUGGAGGUGCAAUCUAUGUCAGUGACAAGCCAGGCAACCACAACUUUGAGCUGUUGAGGAAGCUAGUUCUUCCCGACGGAUCAGUUCUUCGUGCCCAGUUACCUGGACGACCAACAAGUGAUUCUCUGUUCAACGAUCCAGCUCGAGAUGGAACCAGUCUGCUCAAAGUUUGGAAUAUGAACAAGUGCUCUGGUGUUGUUGGAGUAUUCAAUUGCCAAGGAGCUGGCUGGUGCAGGAUCACAAAGAAGACUCGCAUUCACGACGAGUCUCCUGGUACCCUCACCGCCUCUGUCCGUGCAGCCGAUGUCGAUGCUAUUUCGCAAAUUGCUGGUGCCGAUUGGAAGGGAGAUACUAUUGUUUACGCCUAUCGAUCAGGGGAGGUAAUUCGAUUGCCAAAAGGCGCCUCGGUUCCAGUUACACUCAAAGUAUUGGAAUAUGAUCUUUUCCAUAUUUCCCCUCUAAAGGACAUCACCUCGAACAUCUCUUUCGCGCCAAUUGGGCUGCUCGACAUGUUCAAUACUGGUGGUGCUAUUGAGCAAGUUGAUGUCCAAUUGGUCGAAGCAACGCCCGAGUUCAACAGUGAAGUUGCCUCCGAGCUGACAGGUUCUCUCCCCAACGAUCGACGCCCGACAGCUACAAUUACUCUAAAAGCCCGAGGAUGUGGAAGGUUCGGCAUUUACUCAUCUCAACGAGCUUUGAAAUGUAGUGUAGACAAAGCCAAUAGUGACUUUGCCUACGAUGAGGCAACAGGGUUAGUCACAUUUGCGCUCCCUAUCCCGACAGUAGAAAUGUAUAGAUGGAGCAUUGAAAUUCAGGUUUAAGCAUGAACGUUGUAUGCUGAAUUUGCAUAGAUUACAUGUUGGCAUAUCAUUUAAUGGCAUAGAGAGAGAGAGAGACAGAGCGAGGAGGACAUUGGGAUGAGUGUAUGUCAAUGAAGUGAUAUAUUAUCAUCAUGCAUUAUAUAUGAUGUUGUAAUGAUUGAAGGGUGUAAUAUGUGUCGAGUGUAUUUUCAUUAUUGUAAUAAUAGUAAUUAUAAUA